AUGUCUUCUAUCGCCAAAAGAGAAUUUAAUGAGCUCGCACUUGACGGUAGCAACUAUUUGACUUGGGCUUUAGACAUCGAGAUUCAUCUCGCGUCUAAAGAACUAAGCCAAACCAUUGUUGCUGAGUCACAGUGUACAAACGCCCAGAAGGCGCAGACUCUCAUUUUCUUACGUCACCACUUGAACCACGACCUGAAAAAUGAAUACUUGACUGAAAAGGACCCUUUGGCAUUAUGGGAGUCCCUGAAGGACCGCUUUGACCAGCAGUCAUCGAUUGUCCUCCCUCAAGCCCAAUUUGACUGGCUUCACCUGAGGUUUCAGGACUAUAAGUCAGUUAUUGACUACAACUCGGCCCUUCAUAAGAUAGUUUCGCAACUAAAGCUCUGCAAACAAGAAGUUUCAGAGACAAACUUAAUUGAAAAGACUCUGUCUACCUUUCAUGCGAGUAACCUUGUACUCCAGCAGCAGUACAGGGCAAAGAAUUAUGAAAAGCAUUCUGAUUUGAUAUCUGCACUUCUUGUGGCCGAGAAGCACAACCAGUUGUUGACGAAAAACCAUAAUGCACGACCUGAUGGGUCUGCCCCCGCGCCUGAAGCACAUUAUAUUGCCCAGGGAAGCAAUUCUAGAAGGGGUCGAGGAAAGGGUCGUGGUAGAGGUCACGGUCGAAACAAUCGAAGUGGUAAAGGCAAAGGCAACAAUGACUCCCGGGCCCAAGAUAAGAAACAAAGUGAUCAAGCUUACAAAAUGACGCAAAAGAAAAAUGAUAAGCAACCGUCAAGAAAGGAAUCUCAUCACACCAACACUGAUUUGCCUGAAGCAAAUGCAGUGAUGAAUGAUGAUGAUGAUCUUUUAAAAUAUGAGCUUGAAGACUUUGGUGAUCAAGAAUGA